AUGAGUCUCAUGAAGGGCUGGGCAGCGGCCCGGGAGCUGAGGGCUGUGCUCGGCCGCCUGCCCGAGCUGAGGAAGCUGGUUCGCCGCAUCGGCCGCCGGGCGGCCGUGCGCGGGCCGAGGCGUUGGCUUCCUGCCGAGGCUGAGGAUCUCGGCUGCCCGCAAGGGGUGGCCCGCUCCGUGAGAGCACCCUCGGAGGCCUCCGGCAUCGCGCGCAGCGGCGCCAUCGAGCUGAUGCUGCCGGCCGAGGCCCACCUUCUGGUGCAGGGCCGCAAGAGGUCCACUCUGAGGGCGCUCCACCAUGCUCGGAGACUGGAGCAAUCUCUGCUCAGUUACAACCGGGCCUCCUGGGUGGAAGUCCCCACACGGGAGCUCCGAGCCGAGGAGGUUCGCCCCGCGGGAGAGAACGGGCCCUUGAUCCUCUGCCUGGACACCAGUGGGAGCAUGGCACGAAAAGGCGGCGCCCCGGAGACCGUGGCCAAGGCGCUGGUGUUCGAGUGCCUUCGCCAAGCGCAAGAGCAGCAGCGGCGCUGCUGCCUCUUCGCUUUUUCCACAGGAGCCGAGCUUCAGCAGCUGGAGCUGGAUCUGACUGCGGCCGGUCUGGGCCGACUUCUGGAGUUCCUCAGCUUCGCUUUCCACGGCGGCACCUCGCUCAACGAGGUCCUCCUCGCCAGUGUCGAGCGAUUGGGCAGCUCCCAGCAGUGGCAGAAUGCCGACCUUCUGCUGGUUACGGAUGGUGAGGUCCCGCGGCCCACCGAGGGCGUGUUGGGAGCGCUAGGCGAGGCGCGUGCGGAGUUCGGAGCUCGGGUGUACGGCGUGGUCGUGGGCAGCAAGACCGGGGAGGUGAUGCAGAGCUUAUGCUCCGUUCAUAAGGCGGUGGAGGGGAAGCUGCAUUUUGCGUUGAACUGGGGCCUUGUCCUCCACUUCUUUUGCGAUGGCUUCGUGGGCGGAGGCUGGACGGACCUCUGGCAUUCGGUCCUGGGUGGCUAUCUCAACCUGCCAAGCAAUAUCAUAAAGGGCUGUGCCAACUUGGCGAUUCUUCCAUUCACCUUUUCCGCAGUUCUUGGGAUGCUGUCCGACUCGAGACCAAUCUUCGGCUUCCGGCGCCGUCCUUACAUCGCAGGUGGCUGGUUCCUGUGCACUCUCAGCACCCUCUGUCUUGUCUACCGUGGUUUGCCUGCUCCAUACUACUGCUUCGAGAACGGCCAGUACCUCUACCAGAUGCCUCCUUGCAACCCCGAGGCAGCAGACCAUUUUGUUCCCUUGGUUCUCUGUCUCUUCUGCUCGUGUGUGGGAGCGGUGACGGCCGGUGCUGCAGCAAACGGACUACUCGUGGAGUAUGCAAAGCAGGAGGAAGUGGAGACAAGGGGCCGGACGCAGAUAGUGCUGCAAAUGGUGAAACUCAGCGGCCACCUCACCGCCGUGCUCCUAUCUGCCUUUGGCUUCAAUGGCAGAAUGUUUAACGGCAGCUUUGACCAGUCCAGGCAGCUCAACUUCCAGCAGCUGAUGGGCAUCUACCUUACGUGUGUGGCGGUGACAUCUGUCUGUUCCUUGUUCCUCGUGCGGGAAAACAAGGCCGUGAGAUCGUCCUUCAGGGUACAGAUGUCCUCGGUCUGGAACCUGACCCAGAGUAAGGCUUUCUUGUUCGUGGGGAUUUUCGUCUUCUUUCGGACGUCUCUCGGCCAUAUGAGCUCGACUGCCGAAGUGUGGGUGAUGAUGGAGUGGGCCAAAGUGAGGGGCAUUCAGAUUCAGAUGAGCAAUGCUCUUUCACUCUUGAUCUCCCUUGCGGCCAGUUACCUGAUGCGGAGAUACUUGCUAAACGUGAGCUGGAGGAAGAUAAUCUUCGUCACAAGCUCCGUCGCCACUGCCACGGACAGCCUCUGGGACCACUCAGACAGUUCUCCGAGUAUCCCUUCGCUGCUGACGGUCUUUGACAUCGUGCGGGAUCCCUACUUCUACCUCGGCGAGCCCAUCUCCCGUGCGGUUCCGACUGCAACGAAUCAGCUCAUCACGGUCUUGAUGGCGAACGAAUUGGCAGACGACGACAACGGUGCCAUGGUUGCUGGCAUGCUUCAGUCGGUCUAUUUCGUUGGGAUCCCUUUCGGCAUGGUUGUGUCGAACCAGCUGUUCUCCUCCUUCACGCCAGCUCUGACACUUCGAGAGAACUUCAUCGAAGAUGCGGUCUCCUUUCGGUGGACGGUGGCCUAUUCCUACCUCGUCGCCUACACCUUCAGCUUUGCAUCUCUCGCACUGCUCCCCCUGGCGCCGGCCCAGAAGAAGCAGGCGCAAGCAAGAAAGCAGGAGCCAGGGCUGCAUCUUCGGACUUCCAUGGCUGUAAGUUGUGAGCUAAUGUAG